AAAAAAAUUAAAAACUCACCGCUUGUUAAGGUAGUUGCUUCGUUAUGAAAUAACUUUUCCCGCGCUUGAUCCCGAGGAAGUUUGGCAGGCGCGUCUAAUCCCCAGGUAGCCCACUCUAGAAAAAUAAACACAAGUGUAAAAUAAAAUAAGAAAAAGGGUACCUUUUAAAAAGAAUUUUUUCAAGGUAAAGAUAGUGCCCUUCUUAUCUUCCACAACAUAAAAUAACAGGUUAACAAACAAAAUUUAUCAUCUCGUGAUAUAAAGUAAUAAUAAAGCUAACACUUACGCCAGGCCCCCCUGUUUUAUCAUGUUGUGGGUUUCCUGUGCUUUCUCUUUUAGAAAGUCUGGGUCGAGUUAAGUAAAUAUUUACAGAAAUUUGAAAAAAAUGGCGGAUGGUUUUUAUGUCAACACAACAGACUCGCCUCAUUCAAGGCUAAAAUAUGUUAACAACUCUCUUAUAAGAAACUUAAGACAAGGACAGAAAGAAAUUCGGUCCAUAUUGAAGAAAAUGCAAGCAAGAAAAUCCGCAUAUUUGACAGAUUUGAGUCAAGAAACGAGCUUUACUGUUCGUGGUUUGGAUAGAACUCCUUCUUCAGUCCAACGCUUAGAUAGAAAAACAGAUUAUUCGACUGGUGCUACUAGUACACCAAAGAGCUACAGAGACGCUUUAAGUGAGUCUGGCAAUGACAGAAGGAACAGGACUUUGUACAGUAGUGAACUAACGCCAAAUUCAAUUCUUCGAACCUCCACAAAUAACCGUUCAAAAAAGACCCCAAAGAGAGGGCUUCAUGUUAGCUUCCAGUCAUCUCCACAUAUAGAAGAUGAAAACAGAAAUGUUAUUGAUGAUAAUCUAGACAGACGAUCAAUGCUUGGUUAUGAUUGGAUCGCUGGUAUCCUUGACAACACGUCAUACAUAGCAGAGAAGAGUGAUGACUUUUUUGAUGACUUGAAGGAAUUUAGGAGAGUCAACAAGGAUGAAUGCUAUAGCAAAACAAUAUCAGAACCAAGUUUAAAGCCAUAUCGCUCCAUUACACCUUUGAAAAAGGAUCAUGAAGACUUUGAAGACAAAGAAUCCUAUUCAUGUGAAAAUACUUACAAAUUAAAUGAAAGAUUGUUUGCUGAAAGGAUCCACAGCUCUGAUGAGUCAUGUCAUGUGUGUUAUACUAAACCUCAGCCUGAAUAUGAAACACAAGGAAGUUAUGUCAGAGUAAGCGUACCAAGGUCCACACUAAUGUCUCCCUACAAGGUAAAACCUCACAGAAGGGUGAGCUUUGACCCUACAGACUCCAUAGGAUUGUCCUCUCACUGUCUGGCUGGCUGGGAGAGCUCAAAACCUGCUGUAGUACCUUCACAUUCUUCCCUAGAUCUUAAGGCAUCUCUACACAAAACUAGAGAAACAUUGGAUGCAUCAAGAGCAGGACGAUAUUCUCCAGAUCACCAAAGCACUAGAGAUUUACUAGACAGAAGUCAUUCCCUAAGAUAUGGUCUACAGGUUCUGAACAUGGAGAGAGGGAUAUCUGACAAAGCACACACUACUUCUUUCCCAGCUUUCUAAAUUGUGUAUUCUAUGCUAUGUUGAUAAAAGCUAGGCCUUGGGGGAGGGGGGUAAUGAGUUGAGAUACAGUAAGCUGUUUUGUAAUCUGGAGGAAUCCAUGCUUUUGUAAUUAAGCAUUUUCUUUUGGAAAGGAUAUAAUAAUUGUCUUACAUUCUUGUGUUUAUAUUUAAUAUAUUUUAUGUUUUUAAUUAAAUUCUUUUGUUAUGGUUCUCUUAUUAAAGCAAUGUGUCUUACUUUAUAUUAUUCUUUUCUUUUUAAAAUGUAUUGUUUUCCCGUUUCAAUCAAAUGUCAUUCUCUUGAGGAUAAGAUUCUUUUUUUAGUUGUAUCCUUAUUCAUGUGACUUUAAACAAACAAAUAAUCAUUGAUGUGGGAAAAGGAUUAAGCCCAAGUCAAAAAGGUCUAUAUUAUUAUCAGGAAUACUAAUUUCCCCUUCUCCUCCCCCAAUGGGUAGGAUGCUAGUCCAAUAUCUUCCAGUAUUUCCCCAGGAAUUGUCCUACAUGUAUAAUUUGCUAGUACCCAUUCUUACACCAAGGUCUUUGAAUUAAACUUUCAAUAGCAAAAUUUCCUUAAUAUUCUGGUUGAGUGUUCAUGCAAAAAACCUUUUGAGUUGGGGCAUGGGGAAGCAAGAAUAUUACAAUUAUUAUUAGUUAUUGUUUCCUUAGCCUUGACUUUGCGUUUUGUGCUUCACCACUCAGCUGGACUAGCAAAAGUUCACUUUUGUUAGUUGCUAAUAAUAGUGCUUUGAUUAUAAAAUUAAAUUAUUUUAUAGAAGGAAAAUUGAUGUGUAGAAAAUAUAGGAAAAUUUUUUGAUUCCACUCUGCUAUUACAUGUAGUUAAAAUUAGAACUCCUUUGAUUAUAAAUUUUGUAUGAAAUUGCCGACUAUUUUAGAGUUUCUUUGAUCUCAGAAUGAUUAGAGUACAACACAAUUUCAUGCAAAUUCCAUUGUUUUCUAUCGUUUAAUUAGCACUAUUUUGUACUAUUUAGUAAUUAAUGUUUCACAAAUUAAUUGGUUUGCACUCUAUUGAUAAUAUGUUAAUAUGUAAUUGAUACUGAAAAUAUACCAUAAUAAUUUUAAUUGAAAAUUAAUAUUUAUUAAUAUUUUUUUUUAUAAAAAGUAAAAUAAAUCUGUAAAACAUAUUCAACUAGUAAAAUGAAGUGAUAUUUUCAAUAUAUUUAUAUCAAUGUGCAUUAUUUUUGCAUGGAAAUACAUUCUGUGCAUUUGCAUUGCAUUAUAUCAUGCAUUUAAAACAUCUAUUUGAAGGGGAAAAAAUACUCCUUUUUUACAGUUUCAUUCAGUGGCCAUGAAUAAUAGUUUAAAGUCGAGAUUGGAGUUGCUGCUUUUGCAUGGAAAUACAUUCGGUACAUUUGCAUUGCAUUAUAUCAAGCAUUUAAACCAUCUAUUUGAAGGGGGAAAAAAUACUUCUUUUUUACAGUUCCAUUCAGUGAACAAGAAUAAUAGUUUAAAGUUGAGGUUGCAGUUGCUACUCAUGAUAACCUAUUAAAGUUUUGCUAUCCAAAAAAAGAGAGCAACCCAAACUUCGACUUAUAUUCAUGGUCACUGAACAGAACUUUAAAAAGGAGUAUAGGGCAUUUGCAUGCUGGCGUCAUUUGACUCCCACUACCAAGAUGCUUCACGAAUUUUCUUUCUUUAAAAUUUAAUGUUAUUAAAAUUUGUAUUACCUUGAGAAUCAGGCUUUUAUGUGUUUCUGGGUCCAAUUACACUGAAAAAUCCCAAAAAUCUGGCCACAUCUUAUUCCCAGGAUUUAUUCUCUGCCUUCAGCAAUUAGAUAUAUGAACAGACAAUCCUGCUACGAAGUAAAAGCACAGAAAAAUCUCAGUGGAAGUAAUCAUUAAUUUGGACCUGGAAGUCGUUUUUUGUUUGAAUUAUGUACACUUAUUAUCUCUAUAGUAAGACAAUUGGUGCUAAUUAAGUGAACGAAAGAAAGUGUGCAAGAGAGUCUGGUAGCAGAGCUCAAUGACGCCAUUGUGCAAAUUCCUAUUUAUUUCAAAAAUAAUUUGUAAACAGUCUCAUUUACAAUACUUAGUACAUUUAUGCCUAAUCAAAAUUGUUUUAAAAAUUCAAAUCAUUUUGUCAAUAACUUUCUCUAUAACAAGUGUAGUCAGCCCAUGAAAAAAAGGUGUAAAGUUAGUUACUAACAGUAAAGUAAACGAAAAGAAAACAAGAACCGCCAAAGUUUUAUAUCUUAUUCGCUGACUACUUAACAACCAUCAAUCAAAGGACCGCAAUU